AUGAAUAAGUUAAAUGUAGAUGAUAUUUCGCGGUUCUUGGAUGAAAUCCCAGAUGACGGGGACAUAAAUUCAGAUUUCGAUGAUGAUUUUGAAACACUGGAUGAAGAUGUAAUAAGCCCACUAGAUUUGUAUAAUAAUGUUGAUGAAGUGCAAGACACUGUUGACAUUGAUUUAGACAUUUGUGAAUUUGUAUAUGCUGUUGAUGGUGUUGAGACUAUAAAUCUCAAUGAAAAUGAUAUGUUGAAUAAUGAAGCUGCUGUUGUUGAUGAUGGAAAAAAUGUGUGCAAGACAAAAAAUUCCAAGAGUAAAAUCAAAAAAUCAAAAGAUGUUGACUUUGUAUAUGUUGUUGAUGGCGAUGAGACUAUAAAUCUCAAUGAAAAUGAUAUGUUGAAUAAUGAAGCUGUUGUUGUUGAUGAGGGAAAAAAUGUGUGCAAAACAAAAAAACCCAAGGGUAAAAUAACCAAGAGUAAAACCAAAAAAUCAAAAAAAUCAAAUGAUUUAGAUGAGUUAGAGUAUUCAGAUGACGACCAGGUUUGGGCUCGAAAGACUGGUGUGAAAACUGUAAGACCUGAAUAUUUAAAACCAGAAGGAGCCAUUGGAUUUGAUAUGUGCAAUACACCAACAGAUGUAUUCAUGGUCUUCAUGGAAUCUAUUCUAGAUGACUUGGUUUAUCAAACCAAUUUGUAUAGAACACAAAAUAACAAAACAUUGAGAAUUCAAAGAGAAGACAUGCUUAUAUUUAUUGGUAUAAACUUUUUUAUGGGGUAUCACAGUGUUCCAUCUUAUAAGGACUACUGGAGCACAUCACCCGAUUUAGGUGUGAAAGAAAUAAGUGUCGAUGAAAGUAUGAUAAAAUUCAAAGGCAGAUCAAGUAUCAAACAAUACAACCCGAUGAAACCCAUCAAAAGAGGCUACAAAAUUUGGAGUAUGGCGGAUCAGAAGGGAUAUAUGUUGGCAUUUAAAGUGUAUCAAGGCAAGGAAGAAAAUGUAAGCUCAGAAUUUGAAAAUUAUGGUCUUGGUGAACGUGUCGUCCUAGAACUAACCAAAUCUGUGUGGAAUGAGUACCGUGAAAUCUAUUUUGAUAACUAUUUUUCUUCUCCAAAACUUUUGCAAAAACUACAUGUUGAAAGAACACUUGGUUGUGGGACUAUACGAGCAAAUAGAAAAGGAUUGCCUAAUCAAAUGAUUUUGGACAAAAAAAUGAGUAGAGGAGACUCCGAUAUUAAAUAUUUACCAGAUGGAGUGUCAUUUAUAAAGUGGAUGGACAAUAAAGCUGUUCACUUUAUUUCCAACUUUCAUGGGUCAGAAAUUACAAAUGUAAACCGAAAAAAUAAAGAUGGAUCAUCAGUUUCGGUUAAAUGUCCAGCUUCAGUAUCAGACUACAAUAAGUAUAUGGGUGGGGUAGAUCAUGCAGACAGGUUACGUGCUCUAUACAACAUAGAAAGAAAAUCACGUAAAUGGUGGCACAGACUAUUCUUCGGGCUGCUGGAUAUUAUGUUUGUUAAUUCAUACGUAGUAUACUGUUCCCUUUUUGGGAAAAUGUCAGUAUUAGAAUAUAGAAGAUCUGUCGUUCAAGGGUUACUUACAAAACAAACACUUGGAAAAAAAAGGCCAUCAACUCAAAUUGACAAAAAUGUUAAAAGGAGAAAAAAUCAAUUUUCAUUACCACAAGAUGUGCGCACUGGUAACAGAGGAAUACACUGGCCAACUUUUGUAAAAGAACGAAGAAGAUGUGAGAUGACUGACGGGACUUUUAAGUCCAGACCAUAG